AGCCAGCAGCAAAGGAAGAACGCAACAUACGUCAUGUUCCUUUUUUGGUGUUUUGUGACUUUUGCGAUGUGCAUAAUGUGGAGGGUGGUUAUACAGCGCUGGUUUAAGGAGCGAAGCGUUCCUAGGGGAACCGUGUAUCCUCCAAUGCCACCUGUUAGCACCAUUCUCGGACACCAAGAACUCAACUGGAACAAUUUUCACUACACAAAAGCAGUCGAAUGGGCCAAGGAGUACGGGCCCGUUUACAGAUUGAAUCUCAACUUUGUGGAUGUGGUUGUGCUCAGCGAUGUACACAGUAUCCAAACAUUUUGCAAGAAUAACGAUGGAUUGUAUCGUUCUGGUUGUUUCAUGGUCGGUCGCGACUACAACAAAGGACUAUCUACGCAAAACGGAGAAUGCUGGACAGCAAACAGGAGAUAUUGUAUGAGCUUGCUGCAUAACCUUGGUUUUGCCAAAACGUCGAUGGAGGAGCACAUGAUGGAUGACUUCCACCAACUUGAGGCCAGGAUAGGAGCUACAAAGGGCCAGCCUAUAAGCAUUCACACGCUCAUCAUUGCCUGUGUGACCAAGCAUAUACUGUCCUUUUUUUACCCUAACGGUCUUUCCGGUGAUGACGCAGCUUUGUGUAAGGCGACCAGCAUUCUUGACAAGCUGAAAAGCGGAAUGAUGGGAAGCGCGGGAAUUCAGUUCUUACCGGGCCUGAUCCGAAACCUGCUCAAUCACAUUCCUUUCUCAAGGAAUGCAAAACUGGAGGGAGUCAUGAAGGAAUUGGAUAACUUUGUUCGCGACCAGAUUGAGAACUACAAGCCAAGCACGAGUGAAAACAAUGGACAAGGAUUCAUUGCGGGGUAUAUGAAGAAGGUUGAAGAAGCGAGACAGGAGCCAUUUCCAAAAUUUCAAGAACGGUUUCUGGUAGGCAACGUGAAAACGUUCCUAAUAGCUGGGACCUUCAGCACGACAUACACGGUGCAGUGGCACCUGCUCAACUUUGCCGCAAAGCCAGACAUACAAAGCAGAGUGCAGCGAGAAAUCGACGAAGUGGUUGGUGCGGACAGGCGGCCAAGAUGGGAAGAUCGAAGGCGUAUGCCUUAUACACUGGCCUGCUGCUGGGAAAUCCACCGGUGGAAGCCGGCGCCGCCGCUUGGCGUACCGAGGGAGGCUAACGAGGACAUCGUGAUCAAUGACUUUUUCAUACCAAAAGGCACCGUGGUCCUAUUUAACAUGUGGGCAGCACACUAUGACGUUGGUCUAUGGUCUGAACCACAUCGCUUCGACCCUAGCCGAUUUCUUGACAAGGAUGGAUUGUUCGUACAUGAAAAGCUCGAUAACGUGGUUUCAUUUUCAGCGGGGAAGCGGUCAUGCCCAGGAGAGGUGUUUGCCUCAAUGAAGAUCUUCCUGAUGGUGACAUGUCUUCUACAAAAGUAUCGUAUCGUCCUUGAACAGCCACUACAGUACGACCUCGACGACCCGUCCACAAGAAUCGAGAAAUUGGACCACGUUAGAAUGUGCUUUCUGCCUCGUUAUUCAGCUGAAGAUUGAAGUUUCGAGAAAAAGCAUAGCACUCACGAUUGCUGGGACAUGCUUCACGGCCUCGUAUGAGCAGGCCUUACGAGUUAUGAGGUCAUGUUUGAACUGCACCAAACGUACUGCGCUUCGCAAUGAUGCAU